UCUUAUCGACAGCUUCUACUUAGCUAAUUCACCGAUAGAGAGCACAACCUCCGCCUACUUCACUAACUCUUAGCAUGGCCGCAGACCAGCUCGAUUUUGUUGUUUCUCUAUUGAAAUGUCGCCAAUUUUAAUGUUUUCCGCGGGUUUUCGGGUUAGUUUUCGAGCAGUGAAUGUUUUUUAAUCCACGUUUCAUUAAUCACGCGUAAGUGGAGUGCUAGAACAUCAGGUGUUCUUGUUAUUAUCGGUACUCCGGUUCAAUAUCACCCAGCAGACUGUGGUUGUAACUCUGUUUUGAAGAAAAUAUCUGAGGGGCUCUUGCAUCGUAACCGGUUACGAUGACAAGGCUCGGAGUUCCGUCUUACGGAGGGACAUCCUUACUGUCAGCUUUCAUACUGCUCCUCUCUACUGGCCAGGUGUUCUCCAGUGUGCAUCGUCCUGGAAACGAUCCUCCGGAAAUUGUCACAAAGCCAAGGAAUCUCCAAGUGAAGCAUGGCGGAAUAGCAGCUUUUUACUGCGCAGCUAAGGGAGUUCCCCCACCAGUGAUCCAGUGGAAGAAGAAUGGGAAACGAGUUUCAGAAUCUCAGACACGUUAUCAAGUGAGGGAAUUACCGGAUGGCAGUUCUCUGCUACGUAUAGAACCAGUGCGAAUGGGCCGUGAUGAUGCAACAUAUGAAUGCGUUGCGGAAAAUGGUGUGGGUGAUGCUGUGACCAAAGAGGCUACGUUGACAGUUUUCGAUCGUAAGUAAUUUUCCU